ACGAUUGUCAUCACCUCCAUAUGGCCAUAUCUGAAGAAUAUUGAUGAAAGUGCAGAUGCCAGUUUCUUGGGAUGGGUGGUUGCUGCAUAUAGUUUGGGUCAGAUGGUGGCCUCACCCCUCUUUGGAUUGUGGUCCAAUCACAGGCCUCGGCGAGAGCCUCUAGUCUGCUCUAUAUUCAUCAAUGUCUCGGCUAACAUUUACUACACCUAUGUCUACCUACCUCCCUCAUACAACAAAAUUCACAUGCUUUUGGCUCGUACAUUUGUGGGCAUUGGAGCAGGUAAUGUAGCAGUUGUGAGGUCUUAUGUGGCUGGUGCCACUUCCCUGAAGGAGAGAACCAGUGCAAUGGCUAAUCUGAGCGCCUGUCAAGCUCUCGGCUUUAUACUUGGCCCAGCUCUGCAGGCUGCUUUGUCAUUCUUUGGAGAGACUGGCGUCAGUGUGAAUGUCAUCCAGCUUCGGGUUAAUAUGUACACCGCUCCAGCUCUGUUGGCAGCCUGCUUCGGGGUCAUUAACAUUCUGCUGGUUAUAUUAGUCUUGAGGGAGCACUUUGUGGAUGACCAUGGACAGCUUAUCUGUGCAAUUAACUACACCCCAGAAGAGCGAGUGGAUGUGGCUCCUGAGGUAGAAGGUGAUAUCGACCAGAUUGCAGUGUUCACAUCUAAUGUCCUUUUCUUUGUUAUUCUCUUCAUGUUUGCUGUGUUUGAAACUAUAUCUACUCCUCUAUCAAUGGACAUGUUUGCGUGGACAAGAAAAGAAGCCGUUUUUUACAACGGUAUCAUAUUGGCUGCCAUUGGCUUUGAGUCCAUCCUCGUCUUCCUGGUGGUAAAAGUGGUCUCAGCACGGGUAGGAGAUAGGCCACUGCUGCUUGGAGGCUUGAUUCUCAUAUUUGCAGGUUUCUUUAUCUUGUUGCCAUGGGGAAAUCAGUAUCCUAAAAUACAGUGGGCAGACAUUCAGAAUAACACUCUGCCAACAAUACGACUGGCACCCACCCCACCCUCAAACACUUCUCUGGAGCCCACUGGAUGCCCGUCUGAACAGACCUGGUGCUUGUUUACCCCUGUAAUUCAUCUCGCACAGUACAUUACCUCUGACAUCCUGAUUGGAGUGGGUUAUCCAACAUGCAACGUAAUGUCCUACACUUUAUACUCCAAGAUACUGGGCCCCAAACCACAGGGGGUUUACAUGGGCUGGCUGACAGCAUCAGGAAGUGGUGCGAGGACCCUCGGGCCUGUGUUUGUCUCUCACGUCUACACCAUCCUGGGACCCCGAUGGACCUUCAGUGUCAUAUGUGGCAUAGUACUAGCUGCAGUUGUUCUCCUCAGUGCUAUGUACAAACGACUCAUUGCCUUUUCUGUACGCCAUGGAAGGAUAGAUGACUGACAGGUGCCUCCACCAACUACAUAAGGACAGUUCAGAGAAAUGGGCCUGACUUAAAGAUGGAAAACAUUAUGUAUGUUAAUUUAUAGACAAUUGUAUAAAUUGUUUAGCUAUUUUGUGUAGCGAAAAUCACGAUUCUGAAGAGCCUUACGGAGUUGUAAAUGUAAAUAUCUAAUAACUUUAGAAUUUCUGAAUGUUGAACUACAAUUUCCCUUGUUACCUAAACUGUGAAUUUAACCACUAUUGGAGCAGCAUUACAUGGCUCGACACCAUAUAAAAGCAAACCGCGGCAGACUCUAAAAAGACUCAUGUGAAGUAUUAAACAUUAUUGGCAGCUUAAUGGGUUAUGAAGCAUCGCAGAAUAUGAGGCAUAAGUACUGUGCGGUUGUUUAACACUUUAUGGAUUAUGAUUUAUUCGUUUUAAUAUUCUAUUUUUAAUAACUUGAAUUUCUGGUGUUGUAAAACCUUAACAAAUGUGUCAGGUGAUUUAUGUAAAUCUGCAUUGAUGGGACAGGCUUGAAGCCAAUGUUGGCGUUUCUUUCUUUUUAAUAACACUAAGCUUAAAACUUAAACUAGGCGCUGAGCAUCACUUGAUUUUGGCUGAAUCCAUAAUUACUGGUGAUUAUCAACCAAAAGACUAUUUUAAAUUCAAGCCAAAUGCUUGGUUUGUUUGUGUUAAAGCUCAUAGAUUAUAAAUCACAAUAUUUUUUGAAAACUGGCAAUAAAUUGUUCCUUUAAUGUUUUUGAAAACAGGAAGUAUGACAUGCUU